AUGUUACUGCCCCUCCUUCACACUACUGCUGACAGCACUCUGCGCUCCCAGUGGCAGACUCGUGACGCCCACGCUCGCUUUGCCAUUCGCAACUCCCUACCGCUAGAUGAGCGCGAGCACUUUGGCCAGCACAAGACUGCUAAGGACCUGUACACUGCAGUCGUUGCUCGUUACUCCUCACCCGCUUCUGCCACACUCGGCCGCCUCACCCUCCCCUACCUGUUCCCCGACCUGGCCUCCUUCAGCACAGUUGCUGACCUCAUCACCCACCUCAAGACUAGUGAGGCCCGCUUUCGCGCUGCUAUGCCUGACGAGUUCCUUGCCAGCAACCCCCCCCCGCUCUGGAUCACGCUCUACCACAUCGUCACCCGCCUCCCUGACUCUCUGCGCGCAGCACCUCUCGUGGCGACCCCCGCACCCCGUUCUUUGAGGGGUGUUCCCCUUCCCCCCUUCUCCCCUCUGUCGCCUCUGCUGCUGCUGUCGACCUCCUUGGUGCUGAGAAGGUCGGGACCGCGUCUGCUCCGAGCGGGCGCCGCAGGAGCAACGGGGGCAAGGGUGGAGAUGGAGGCGGGGGAGGCGGGGGGUGGUGGCGGUGGGGGUGGAGGUGGGACUGGAGAGGCUAGUGGCGGCAGUGGGGGUGGUGACAGCAGCGGCGGGAGCGGUGGCAGGGGCGGAGGCGGCAGCGGAGGCGGAGGUGGUCGUGGCGGCGGCAGGGGUGGAGGUGGCCGAGGCGGUGGCGGCGGCGGUGGUGGUCGUGGAGGCGCUGGCGGUGGCCAGAGCCAGCAGCACGCCCCGUCGCUCCAGGAGGCACGUGAGUGGUAUUCGCAGCGGGGGGGGGCGGGUGGCUUUACCUGCACGUACGUCAUCCGCACUGGUGACCGCACUGGCCAGACGUGUGGGAGGCCGCACCCCACGCAGCGCUGUUUCUCGCGCCUUACCGACGCAUGGCGCGCCCAGUUUCCUGCUGGCGCUGAGCUGCCCCGCUGGGCUGAUCUGGAGAGGCAGGGAGUUGAUAUCUGGGCUCUAGACUUUGAUGCUAUUCUCACUGCCAUGUAUGCGAUGUUUACUAGUGGAGAGGGUGCUCAGUACUUGCGUGUUCCGCCCGACCCGGGCAUUCUGACCAGUCCGACUGCCGCUCUAGGUGCUAGUGAGUCUGCUGCCCCAGGUCCUGGUGAGGCUGCUGCUCUAGGUGCUCGUGAGUCUGUGCCCCCUGGUACUGAGUCGACUGCGGCACUGCACACCUUCACACUGGACUCAGGUGCUUCUCGCUGUUUCUUUCGUGACCGCACUGUCCUUGAGCCACUCGCUCGGCCAGUUGCUGUCUCCCUCGCUGACCCCUCUGGGGGUCCGGUCAUUGCGACCUCCUCCACUGUCCUUCCUUGUCCUGCGGUCCCGUCAGGCACACUGUCAGGUCUCUACCUCCCCUCGUUCUCUACGAACUUGGUGGCAGGUCGUGCGCUCCAGGACAGGGGUGUUCACCAGUUCACCCCUGCAUACGAGCGCGUGACACACUGCACGUGUGCUCGGACGGGUCGCCACUUGGCUACCUUCACUCGGCAGCCGGGGUCGGAUCUGUACACACUGACCACUGAGUCCCCUCAGGUAGCUGCGUCUGCGUCUGCAUCUGCGUCAGGUCAGCUGUCCGCCCCCUGCUCGUGUCGCUCUCUGGCGCAUGAGACUGUCCUCUGGCACCACCGCCUUGGUCACCCGUCUGUGCAGCGCCUUCGGACCAUGCACAAACGGGACCUUGUUGCUGGUCUUCCCAGGGUUCUCCCUCCCCUCCCACCCUCGCCUGCUCCUCCCUGUCUUCCCUGUGUCGAGGGGCGGCAGCGCGCCGCUCCUCACUCCUCCUCCUUUCCCCCGACGACUGCUCCUUUGCAGACGCUCCACAUGGACGUAUCUUGUCUCCAGCUCAGUGAGCGUUUCCGCUCCGACUUCUCUGUCCUGCGUCUGCACUCUGACAGAGGUGGGGAGUUUUCCUCUGGCCUCUUGGAGGCCUUCUGUCAGCAGGAGGGCAUUGAGCAGUCGUUCACGCUUCCGGCCUCUCCACAGCAGAAUGGGGUUGCUGAGCGCCGCAUUGGCUUGGUCAUGGAGGUUGCUCGUACCUCCUUGGUUCAUGCGGCUGCCCCCCACUUUCUGUGGCCGUUUGCAGUCCGAUACGCUGCGCAUCAGCUCAACCUCUGGCCCCGUGUCUCCUUACCGGAGACUUCUCCAACACUGCGUUGGACGGGAGAGGCUGGCGAUGCGUCGCGUUUUCGGGUCUGGGGAUCCCGAGCUUUUGUUCGCGACACGUCCGCGGACAAGCUCUCCCGUCGCGCUGUCCCCUGUGUCUUCCUUGGCUUUGUCCCGGACGCGCCUGGUUGGCAGUUCUACCACGCCACCUCGCGUCGUGUCCUGGCCUCUCAGGACGUCACUUUUGACGAGUCCGUCCCCUACUACCGCCUCUUCCCCUACCGCACUGCCCCACUCCCCCCCCCGCCUCUCUUCCUGGCUCCAGGUGCUGAGGUACCAGACCCCCUCCCCCCUCAGGGUGCCGCUCCCUCAGGUGUGUCCCAGGUAGACCCGGGUGAGCCUGUCGAGGUAGCUGUUGACUCUCGUCCUGCUAGGGGUACUGAGCCUGACCGUGCUGAGCCUGGGGGUGCUGAGCCUGAGGGUGCUGCGUCUGGGGGUGCUGAGCCUGGGAGUGCUGAGUCUGGAGGUGCGGAGCCUGGGGGUGCUGAGCCUGGGGGUAGUGAGCCUGAGGGUGCUGAGUCUGCGGGUGCGGAGCCUGGGGGUGCUGAGUCUGGGGGUACUACACCUGGAGGAGCCCUCUCCUCACAGCGGCUGCAGGAGAGGUACCUACAGUACUGCCGCCUCCGGAGAGGUACUGCUGGAGCUGGUCGCGGUGCUGCCCGGGAGCUCCCCCCCCUCCAGCAGAUCCGAGAGUGGUACACGAGGCGCUGCAGUCUUCGGAGUGGUGCUCCUGGUGCUGCGGACCCGGACGUUGGAGCUGCUGCUGGUGCUGAGGACCUGACUCGUGGAGCUGCUGCUGGUGCUGAGGACCCGAGCGGUGGCGCUGCUGCUGGAGCUGAGGACCCGAGUGGUGGCGCUGCUGCUGGUGCUGAGGACCCGGACGUUGGAGCUGCUGCUGGUGCUGAGGACCCGGCUGGUGGAGUUCCUGCUGGUGCUGAGGACCCGCGCGGUGGAGCUGCUGCUGGUGCUGCGGACCCGGGCGGUGGAGCUGCUGCUGGUGCUGAGGACCCGAGCGGUGGAGCUGCUGCUGGUACUGAGGACCCGAGCGGUGGAGCUGCUGCUGGUGCUGAGGACCCGGGCGGUGGAGCUGCUGCUGGUGCUGAGGACCCUGGCGCUGGUGUCUCUGCUGCUUCUGGAGACGCUACGCGGCCGCGACUGUACUUCGUACCGCUCCUUCAGCAGGUUCUUGGUCAGGCUCCUCCUCCUCGUCCUCCUCCCUCCGUAGAGUGUCCUCCGCCUGUCCAGUCGCAGUCACAGUUACCGCCUGCCUCGCCUCUCCCUGGUCCCUCUCCUUACACUGGUCCCACAGGAGGUCUUGCAGAGCGUCGUGAGCCUGCGUCUCGUCCUGCGUCGCCUGUUCGUACUGCUCGCACUGGUCGUCGUGUCCCACGUGAGCGUCCUCCUCCUGUCCCUGGCACUCACUACAUGACUCUGCGUCCCUCCACUGCUCCUCAGCGUGUCCCGCUGCCGUCUCCUCCUGCGUCCUCUCUGCCUACUCUUCCUGACCCGGAGUCUGACUCCCGUCGUGCUGCCAGUCCCACUGUCACCCGUCUUCUCGCCACUGUUGUCACUGACCCUACCUUUGAGUCCUCUGCUGCGUCUGCUCUGGUCGCUGAGUUGAUAGACUUUGCUGCCCGGUGUCGUCUAGACUACGCCGCUAGCCUUGUUGCUGAGUCUAAGUCUGAGUCUGUCUGUCCUCCGUCCGUCGGGGGUGCGUGUGCUCUUGGCACGGACGUCCUUGAGGACAGACAGGAGGAGUUCCAGUGCUUUGCUGCUGCUUUGCCCCAUCUCGUGUCCAUGCUAGUUGCCCCUGAGGGAGACCCGGAUGCUCCAGACAUCCCGACCCCACGCUCUUACGCUGAGGCGAUGGCGGGUCCCUACUCCACUCAGUGGCUGACAGCCAUGGACGCAGAGAUGGCUUCCUAG